CGCCGCCCGCCUCACCUGCCCUGACCGCUGCCACCACCGCCGCCACCGCAACCCGGUUGAUAAAUCGUCGCCGCCCCAGGUCCGGCUGCCACCCAGAUCGUGACAUGAGCGCCCCAGAUGAUGAGGUGUCUGUUUCGGGACCGGGUUUCGGCUCAGAGUGCGGAGAGCAGAUCAGCAGCCUCGAGGCCGGCUCCACAGCCCCGCGGGGACCCGGCCCCGGCCCCGAGCCAGGGGCACCACGAAGCGGCGAGGGUGAGGGCGGGAACGGCUUCCCAGAGCUGGGCACCCGCAGAUACCUGUUCCAGGAGAGCUACGUGGUUGGUGAAGUGGCUGCUUUCUGGGACCUCAAGGCGUGUCCCCCCAGUCGAGGCGGUGCCCCCCAGAGGUGUGGGGAAACCGCACAGGCUGAGGCCAUCCCUCUCUGGGUCGGCGGGCCCAAGGCGGGCCGGGCCCACGGGAGUGCUAAGAGAGGCACUAAGAGUAGGUUGAACGUGGCUGUGGAUCCCCAGUGGCCUCCCUCAGAAAGCCCAGCGGGGCUGCUGUCCGAUCCCGAGUCCUCUGAUGAGUUCAGUGAGAUAGAGCUGAUGAGGAUUAGCAUUUAUCCCAAAGACGGAGGCCAGGCCAAGCUCAACAGACCCGAGGACCGCGGCAACACACCCAGAUGCUCGCAUGUCCAAGGCAGGGAGGAUCUCCUUAAUGUGUCAGGCACUUGCCUGUCCUCGGCUCCGCCAGGAUUAAUUUCUGUUGUGGAAAGGCAGGGCAGGCAGAGUGAUGCAGAGCAGGAGGAUGCCUCUCCCACUGAGAAAAUGCAGAGCGUGCUCUGGGGGGAAGGGGGCAGCCUGCCCAGCUACCCGAGAGUAGCAUUAGCAUCAGCUCCUGCAAAUGCCGCUACAGGCAGCGGGCCGCGGCCCACUCCUAGGAGGAAGGGGGUCCAGGAGAAGAAAUCCCUUGGGGGCGUCUCCAAACCUUCCAUGGGGAGAACCUUCCCUUCCUGGGGGCAGGGAAUCUCGGCCACUCCCCUGGAACCGGUCACCUUCCCCCCAAUCUCCUGCAUCCCGCUGCUCGGGAGGUCCGAGAAGUAUGCCUCGGUCCUUUGGGGAGCCGAAGAGUCCAAGCACACUGGCGCUGGGAAGAAACCCAUGGCUCGGCUAGCCCGGGGGUCGGUGGCAGCAAUGGCGGUGUCGGGAGAAGAGAAGGACCCAAAUAGAGAUCCAUUCCCAAAGGGCCAACUGACCACUGACAGGCCAGGGCCAUCUUGUCCAUGGGUGCAUCAUGGAGAACCCAGCGGUGCCAACCUCAACCUCAAAGGUGCACAGGAUUCAGGAAACUCAGAGCCCAUGGCCAUAAACAAGGUAGAAGUCACGCCCAGAGGGCCUGGCCCCUCAGAUGAGUGUGACCAGGAACCAACUGACCAUCCCCCAAGACCGAAAAGGCAGCAGCAGCCACGCGGAAGGCAGGGUUGUCCUCGGUGUCUGGUGCUACAGAGAGAAAUAGACGAUGUUAAGGAGCAACUUGAUAUGAGGAACCAGGGACAGAGAGCACCUCCAUGCGGUACCUGGCUGACAAGUUCCAGAUCGUUUGAAGUUGAUCCCAAUAUCUUCCUGCAAGAGGAGCAAAAUGUUGGAGUCGCUGGAGGAGGCACUGGAUCCUACCUUGCAAUACUGUGAUGUCUGCCAACUGCUGAGGGCGUGGAUGAGUGAAAAUUGAAAGGGUACCUGGGACAUAGCUGCCCAUCUUAGAAACAGG